AUGGAUGUGGACGAAGAGGAACCUGAGCAAGUCGGGCCUGUGAGAGAAUCAAACAACAGUAUAGCACCGGGAACCGCCAGUGAGGUGGCGCUCACUGAGACGGCUGCGUUGCCGAGGGCACCCGAAGGGCACGCCCCGCAGGCUGAACGGGCCGGGAACACGCCACGAAUGCCGCCGCAUUACGCUAGGCUAAAUGCCAAGCUACAGUUCCUGCACUGUGUCAUGCGUCAGAUCGAUGGACCAUGGUGUCAUUGGGUACCGGACGUCUACAAGGCAGUAGUGACGAAGUAUCAGAGGAUGCCACGAGGAGGAUGGAAGGUCCUCGCGGAAUAUGCCAACGAGCAUUUCGAAUUCCACAAGACCCACAAGGAGGUGGAGCAGAUGGCAAGACAGGUAGUCGCCAAAGCAGCGCGGAGCCAACCGACGGAUGUUGGAGAAAUAGCAUCGCUGCACGACGUCGACUCAUACAACGCCCUGCAGGAGGAUUUCGACCGGAUCAUGGCACAGAGGUUGAGGGAGCCUGGUGUUAUUAGGACAGUAAAGAACAAAAGACACACCAUGGACUCCCUCGACUUCACGGCGAUUAGGUCGCUGGAUCUAGUGGUCCACAACUACGUGAAGCACAACCCAGUCACUGACAUGGGGAUGCUAGCCAUCUUGUAUCAAACGGCACAGGACUGCUACGACAAGUACAGCGCGAAACCAUCGUCGUCCUCGGGAAAGAAGGAGGCAGCUGAGAGGAGGAUCAAGGAGCUGGAGGAGAUAGGAGCAUUACUUCUGAAAUACAAGCAGAAGGUCCCCCUGGAGAAGGAGGAUAGGAAACGCGUUUAUCGCCAAAUGGACAAGUACAACAUGAUCGCGGACAAGCCGCAGGAACUGUCAUACGUGAUCAGCAGGACCCAAGAGGAGCUCCAAAAGGAGCAGGACAAACUCAAGAACGCCAAGUUCAAGCAGGAGUUGUACAACCAUAACCGCAUGUUCGAGCUUUACACGGGACACUUCUACAGGACACUGGAGAAUCAGCAGGACGCGGACGAGUCGGCGAUAAACGAGGGGAUGAUGAUAGAGUACUGGGCGCAAAUGUGGGUGAAGCCAAACGCACCGCACAACGGUGAAGGAUACCUGGUCGAAAGACCACCGGCAGAGAACAUGGCAGGCUUUCCCACAUACGAGGAAUUCGUCACGAUCGUCAAGAAAUUGCGAGAUUGGAAGUCGCCCGGUGCGGAUGGGAUCUACAACUACUACAUUAAAUGGCUCACGUCCCUUCACAGAGUCAUUUAUAGGCUAGUAGAGGAGGCAUGCCAGCAAGGCAAAGUGCAGGACGACUGGUUCUACUGUGGGAUCACGUACCUACUACCGAAGAACAAGAAACCAAAGUCCGCCGCACAGUACAGGCCGAUCACUUGCAUGUCCAACCUAUACAAGCUAACUACCCGUUGUGCCACGGAGACGCUUAAGCGAGAAGUCGAUGGCAGGGGACUACGGUCCGAGAACCAGAUGGGCACGAGGAGCAACGUACAGGGUGCAAAGGAGCACGCGUUAGCGAACAUCGCGCUCAACGAGAAGCACAAGGGGAAGUUACUUGCAACGUGGGUCGACGUCAUGAAGGCGUACGACUCAAUCGACCACGCGUACCUGGCAAGGGUUAUCGACAACCUUAACCUACCAGGGUGGUUAUCAAACUUCAUCAAGCAGACGACCAAGAGGUGGAAUAUAGAGAUACGGUGGAACAAGAACACAAUCAUGCACAAGAAAGUAGAGAGGGGCAUUCUCCAAGGCGACAGCCUAUCGCCCCUUCUCUUCGUGCUGUGCUUGGACCCGCUGAGCAGGCACCUGACUCGCAUCUUCCCCAAGGUGGAGCUAAGCGUGCCUGGCGGCAGGAUCUUCGCCACUAACCACUUUCUCUAUAUUGACGACCUCAAGUUCUUCGCCCACGAGGAAAGUACGAUGAGAGGAAUGGGCCGAGAAGUGGAGAAGUUCUUCAACGACAUAGGACUCAGGAUCAACCGCGACAAGUCGGCAACCAACACGGAGGCGUGCGCCAGCAUCGCCAAGCAGAUGGAAGGCCCGGAGACGUACAAGUACUUGGGAGUCACAGAGACUUCAAACUCACUUACAAGCGACGGAAUGUUCGACAUAAUACUACAGGAGAUAUGCAGGAGAACGGAGCUACUGGCUGCGUCAAAGCUGUCGGGGAAAAACCUCUCGAUGGCCAUCAACCAGUACGCCCUCAGCGUCAUCAACUACUACAUCGGCGUGAUUCCCAUGGACAUCACGCAUUUCGACAAGAUCGACCUGGAGAUAGGAAUCACCAAUCAAGACAACCUAGUGGAUACGGAGAAGUUCAAGAAGCAGAAGUAUGAAGACCUUAUCGAGGACCUCAAGGCGCGGCAGUUUAACCAGCAAACCAAGAUCAGGGUUAUCCCCUACGUUAUGACGUGGGAGGGAAUAGUGACAAAGGAGCACAGCAAGUACAGACGGGACCUGGGCAUAUCGGAUCGCAUGGAAGCCCACAUACAAAGGGUAGUGAUCCAAGAAACACAUAAAAUAGUGAUGAGGGAUAUGAAGCCGAAAGAAGACUACGAUUCCGUAGAAGACCCUCAAGCCCAAACUGGAUGGAUGCCCGCAUGGAUGGCACCAGUGACGUCCGGCAACGGACCGGCGUGGAUCCCGCAACCGGUUUCAGCGUGA